AUGUCAUAUACAAAUAAUUUUCAAAAUCUAAACCAAAGUACUGCAGUUUGUCGAAAUAGUACUACAAAAAUUUAUGUUCAACAUAAUAGUAAAAAAGUAAAUAAUAAUGAUAAUACGUUAAAUUUAUCAUCUAAUGAAGUAUCACCAGCACAAGCAACUUCUUCUUCCUCUUCCAAUUUACUUAAUAUACCCGAUAAUUUAUUUUUAACUCAGGAUAAAAUUGAGUCCGUACCGCCGACAAGCAAAUUAAGUCCCAAUGGCAAAAGAAACGCAUCUGAAGAUUCAGCUAUAUCAUCUACUCCUAGCACGUCAUCAGCAACAUCAACUAGCCACAAGAAUAUAAAUAACAGCAAAGAUUUUAAAUCAAUAUCAGCUGCUUCAAGGAAGAAGAAAAUAAUGCUAUAUUGUAAUAAUACGAAUAAUGCUGGCUGUGGUACCAUUUCAUCUAAUUACAGCGAUAAUAAUUCUGGAGAAAUAUUUUCUACUUCAAACACGCCUAGUAAUAAUACUGUUUCCAAUACCAAUUCUACAGCUACCACUACUACUAAUCUUAGGAAGAACACUUGGUCAAAAUUAUCUAUUAAAAGAUCAUUUCCAAAUUUGUUAACUGGUAGUUCUCAUAAUGUUACUAAUAGCAACAGUGAUAUAUCCCUAAAUAGGAGAUUUAAAUCAGGCUUGAACUCGUUGGGAAAUAAUAUUGAUGGUGGUGUUCAUAGCAGCGCAAAUAGCAAUGAUAUUGAUGAACACGAUUAUAGUUUUAUUUCUUCGCCUAUAGCAUAUUCGCCUGUAUCGCCAUCUUCAUCGCCUAUUACCAAUAUUUCAUCCACAGCAUACUUACAAGAUAACCUUAAUGGUAACAUCAGCCAAGAAGAUAAUUAUAAAGGCUCGAUAUUGGUUAGUGUUAGAGUUAAGCCAGAUUUAAAAAAGAGUAUAAAUUCUAAUAAUAAUAAUAAUAGUAAGAGCGAGUUGAAACUACCUUGGUAUAUCGAAAAUAACAAUAACAUAAUAGGAUACAAAGAUUACGGUGGAUUUAAACUAGAUAAUAUAUUCCCUCCCAAUUGUAAUAAUAAUGAUAUUUAUAAUUGUAUAGGGGCUCCUAUGAUCAAUAGGCUAUUUCAAGGGUUUAAUUGUACGAUGUUUGCUUACGGCUGUACUGGCAGUGGUAAGACAUACACAAUGACAGGUGAUUCUGUUGAACCUGGUUUGAUUCCUAUGGCUGCAGACCAUUUGUUUCACAUGAUAGAAGAGUUUUCAAAAAUCAACACACAAGGCGAUAAUGCAGAGGAAUUAAUGGGUUAUAAAGUUAAAGUUUCAUAUUUGGAAUUAUAUAAUGAAAAAGUCUAUGAUUUAUUAACCGAGGAGGAGACUGGUGCCAAUAAUAAAAUGAAAAACAGUAAUACACCUCGUCAAGAUUUGAAAUUGAGAGAUGAUACAGAGUACGGGAUUAGGGUAAUUGGGUUAAGCGAACAUGAAGUCAACAACACAGGUGAAAUAAUGGAAUGGAUUAAUAUGGGGAAUAAUAAUAGAAAAUUUGGAAGUACAGACUAUAAUUUAAGAAGUUCCAGAUCACAUUGUAUUGUAUUGAUUAGAUUAUUUCAAACUGCUAUGAAUGGUCAAGGAACGAAAUGUUGUACUUUGUCAUUGUGUGAUUUAGCAGGGUCAGAAAAGGCUAAUAUCAGUAAUACAAAUACUAUGAGUAAUAAUCUAUUUAUGUCAUCACCUUUUUCACCUAACGGAGUGAAUUAUGAUACUACUGGUACCAACAGUACUAAUACUGCUACCACUAAUAACAACGUAAAUUACUCCUCUCCCAACGUAAAUGGCAAUUAUUUUACCGAUGAUGAUAGUAGUAAUGGUUGCAGUGUUUUAAAUACACCUAGUUUAAGUAAUAGAAGAAAGGAGGGUUCAUUUAUUAAUAAAUCAUUAUUGGCUUUAAGCACAGUAAUAUCCAAAUUAUCGAAUAAUAAAUAUGAUAAUAAUAAUUCGGAUUUGUCACACAUACCUUAUAGAGACUCUAAAUUAACCAGAUUAUUACAACCUUCAUUAAGUGGGCAAAGUAUUAUUACCACCAUUUGUACUGUUGAUACAUGGAACACGAGGGCUACUGCAGAAACCCUGAGCACCUUAAGAUUUGCCUCAAGGGCUAAAAAUAUUGAAAUGGUGGUGAGUAAAAGAAAUUUGAUAGCCAAUAAUAAUUCGAAUCCUCAUACAAAUGAUUUUGUUAACAAAAAACAAGUUAAAAUGAUUAAUUUUUUACAAGAGAAAUUGUACGAGCGGGAAUUAGAAUUAAAGGAUCUGAGAAGCAAUACCAAUGCUAAUAAUAAUAAAGUUUCAAUUAAUAAUAAAUACUUGACAUGUUUUGAUGAUUUUACCAACGAAAAGGAUUUAAUUUUUAAUAAAAUAUUGAAUGAGUUACCACAAUAUGAAAAGGAAAUUAUCACCAACAAGUUUUUAGAGAUGAGUAUGGAAUUAGAAGAACUGAGAAGUUAUCACAACACCGUCAUUGACACCAGUAUGGCUGCCAAUAGACAUACUAUAAUUACUACCGAUACUAGCAAUAUUAAUAAUAAUAUACCAUCUCUAAAUAGCUCAAUUUAUGAUGAUAGUAAUUCUAAAUUAUUUAGCCCCAAAGAACAUGCUAAUAGAGUAUACGAAUUAUUAAGGGAACAGGAAAACGAAAUUAUAGAAUUGAAAAGGUUAUUGACAAGGAAAGAUAAAAUGAUAGCUGCUUUACAAACAUUAAAUAAAACAAUGAAUAAAUAA